AAUCCCAUGGAAAAUCAAACCAUGAUCACAGAAUUCAUGCUUUUGGGACUCUCAAGUGAUCCACAAGUACAGAUUCUUCUCUUCUUGGUACUCUUAAUAAUGUAUGCCACAACAUUCAUUGGAAACUCUAUGAUCAUUUUUGUAGUCAAGAUUGAGGCGAGACUUCAGAACCCCAUGUUCUUCUUUCUCAGCCAUCUUGCCCUUGUUGACAUUUGCUACUCCUCCGUCAUUGUCCCAAAGAUGUUGGAAACCCUUGUAGGCAAGAAGAAAUCCAUUUCCCUGGUGGGAUGUAUUACACAGAUUUUCUUUUUUAAUCAUUUUGCUUGUGUUGAUAUUUUUCUGCUUUCAGCCAUGGCCUACGACAGAUAUGUUGCGAUAUGUGACCCACUCCAUUAUUCUAUAGUUAUGACAAAGAUGAUGUGCUGGCAACUCGUGGGUGGAGCCUGGUUCAUGGGCUUUGUGAACACAAUGUUGAACGGCUUGCCCUUGAUACGCUUAAACUUCUGUGGAUACAGUCUACUUAACCACUACACCUGUGAAUGUUCUGCAGUUCUGAGCUUGUCUUGUAGCGAUACUUCCCUCAAUUACAAGCUUUUACUUGCCUCUUGUUUUCUCUUUGGUUUCAGCUCCUUCUUCCUCACUCUAGUCUCUUAUGUUUAUAUUAUUUCCUCCAUCCUCAAGAUUCAGUCAAGAAAAGGCAGGAGCAAAGCCUUCUCUACCUGUAGCGCUCACCUUAUUGUUGUCUGCAUGUUUUAUCUUUCAGCUUUUUCCAGAUACUUGCGGCCACAUUCUAAGUCCUUCACAGACCUCGAGAAAGUGAGCUCUGUGCAGUACUUAGUUGUAAGUCCUCUGCUAAACCCAAUCAUAUAUAGUCUGAAGAACAAAGAAUUGAAAACUCUUCUGUGGAAAAUGUUUCGAAAACAUAAGUAA